UUUUCAAGUUGGCAUUUGUAAUUGCCGACCAGAUAUUAGGAAAAAAUCGAAAAAAAGCAUUUUUCCGAUGGUCCACUUCCCGGCUCGGCAGGCGUAGAAAGAGCUGAACGGACGGGAAUGCAGAGGCAUGGAGCUCGGAGAAUCGGCUCCCAGAUUGAGAUGGGCGUCAAGAGAAGUCACCCAUUCUGCUCUGCCACUUCGCUUCCAUGGCACCAUGAACUUAGCAAAGAUCACCAGAUAUUCCGUCAUCUACUCGAGGCCUGCAAACUCUCGUCGGAUAUCAGAACUGCUACCGAAACCCACACCAGAAUCAUAAGAUUUGGGUAUGGAACGCACCCGUCUCUCGUGGCUUCAUUGAUUUCUGCGUAUGCCCACUGUGACCGCCUCAAUUUAGCUUAUAAAGUUGUUGACCAGGUCUUUAAUUGGACUGUGAAUCUAGUUGCUCUGAAUAAGACCCUUCACAGCUUCAUCAAAUCCAGAGAUUCAGAGUUGGCCAGAAAGGUGUUCGAUAAAAUGCCUGACCGAGAUGUGGUGACUUGGAACUCCAUGAUUGGAGGUUACGUUGAUAAUGGGCGUUUUGAGGAAGCCUUGAGGCUCUUCACAAUGAUGCUUACUUCAAAUGUUGUUCCGGACAAGUUCACUUUUGCAUCUGUUAUGCCUGGUUGUGCAAAGCUUGGUAGUCUUCCAUUGGCUCAGUGGUUGCAUCAGCUGAUGAUCGAUAUGAGAAUUGAAGUUAAUUACAUCCUGGUUGCAGCUAUGAUCGAUAUGUAUUCCAAAUGUGGUGGAAUAGAAGCUGCAAAAAGUAUAUUUGAGAGGGUUCAGCGGGAUGAUGUUUCCAUUUGGAACUCAAUGAUCAAUGGCUUAGCAAUACAUGGUUUCGCACUGGAUGCAAUUGCAGUGUUCUCAAAGAUGGACUUCGAAGAUAUUACUCCAGAUGCUAUAACAUUUCUCGGAGUUCUGUCCGCUUGUAGUCAUUCUGGUUUGGUCAAGGAAGGCCAACAUUACUUCGAUUUGAUGAAAAGUCGGUACUCGAUCGAGCCACAGCAUGAGCAUUACGGUUCAUUUGUUGACCUCUUGGGUCGAGCUGGACUUCUUGAGGAAGCUUAUGCAGUGAUCACAUCAAUGCCAAUAGAGCCAGAUGUCAUUGUCUGGAGGGCAUAUCUCAGUGCUUGUAGAACCCACAAAAACCCCGAAAUGGGCGAAGUCGCCAUUGCUCAUAUAUCACGCCUCAGAAGUGGAGAUUAUGUAUUGCUGUCCAAUACAUACUGCUCUCAACAGCAAUGGGACAAUGCGCAGAGAGUUAGGGAGAUGAUGAAGAAGCAUGGGGUAAGCAAAAAGAAAGGAAUUAGUUGGUUUGAAUGGGGAGGCAGGUUUCACCGAUUCAAAUCUGGCGAUCGAUCUCAUCCUGAGACAGAACCAAUAUACAAAGUUCUUGGAGGGCUGAUUGAGAGGGCAAAGGCGGAAGGCUUCGUCCCGAAGAGAGAGUUGGUCAUGAUGGAUGUUUCGGAAGAGGAAAAGGAGGAGAAUCUUUGUUAUCACAGUGAGAAGUUGGCUUUGGCAUUUGGGAUUCUCAAGACCGGUCCUGGUACAGAAGUCAGGAUCUCAAAGAAUCUCCGAAUCUGCGACGAUUGUCACAAUUGGUUUAGUUUGGUAUCAAGGAUGUUAAACCGGGUGAUUCUUGUGAGAGAUCGGAUUCGGUUUCACAGGUUUGAAGGUGGUUUGUGUUCUUGUGGAGACUAUUGGUAAUUAAAAUGAUUCCACCCCAAGUUUUUAGGGGAAAGCUAAUUUUCAACUUCAGUUGGCUUGAGGUCGUUGGUUCUCAUUGCCCGCCAUUUUAACUCAGCCCUCGAGGUCAAACUAUGAUGAUUUGGACCCCUUCAGUGGGUAAUUAACUAGCUAGCAUCAUCAGUUUAUCAGGUUAACAAAGUCAGCAAUGGGAUUAAAGCCCUCUGAUAUUAAAAGUAGGCUAAGCAUAUAUAACUUUCUGGGUCACUAGUUUAAGCUGUGACAUCCAUAGAGGUUGAGAUAAUUUGUUCCAACUUCAACCAUUCUGGUUUUGGUGAUCACUCUGGUGCAAACAUUGUUGUGCACUUGAAGAAUGUUUCCUGUUUGAAAAUCUCAUUGAAGUUGGCAAGCAAGCAUGAUUGCAUGGAAUGAAUGCUUUUGUUCCAGAAGGGGAAGGAAAACCAGAAGAAGCCUUGAAGGGGGAUAGAUAACAAUAUCAACAUUGUUCAAGAUCUGCAGGGUGGCUUGAUUCAACCGACUCCGCAGUUACCAGCUACAAUGUUUGCUUUGUUGGGUACUUCAACUUUAUGAACAGAACUGGGAUACAUAUUUAGACGAUCGUACAAUACAGCUUGGAGGAAGGUAGGUGGGUACGUAGGUACGACUUGAGAUAAAAAGUGAACGAAAGCUCCCGCAGUGAAGAGGAAUCGACGCGCAAGGUCAAAGACCUGAGAAUGAAUGUUGUUGUAAUUUCAGGUCUCAUGGAUGGGAACUAGAGGCAUUUUGCCGCCGUAGAUAUCUGGGAUCUGGCUCUCGUCGAUGUCCUCAAGAAGUGUGGAUUUCAGAUUCUUGUUCUCCACAAAUACAAUCUGCGCGAGAAGUGGAGUGGGGAACUCAGAAGCUGGUUGGUUCAAAAUCUUCAACAACUAGCACAGUAAAUGGGAAUGUGGGCAGAGCCCAGCACACAGCAAAGAGUUACCUUCUUGCGGGUGUUGGUGUCGAUGAAAGGACAGACAACUUUCCAAACUGCCAUGAAAACGUACGGGACGUGUACUAUGAACAACUUCCCCAGCCUUUCCGGAUAGUAAUCCUGGAAUACAUAUGCAUAUUAUGGAGCUAUGACUUGUACGGUAAGAGUAAAACUUGUUCUUAUUUACGAUUGCUGUUUGGCAUUGGCAGAAAGAAAGGCAGGUGGGAGCUGAGAGUAGAUAUGAAGUUAAUUGUAGGAUAUUUGACCUGCAGAAUGUUCAAAGCGGCGAGAUAUCCACGAAUGUCAGAGUUUGCAUACCCCCAACCUUCAAGGUCUCCGAUCACCACAAAUUUCUCCUGUCCUCCACCCAUCCUGCAGGCCGAUCGACAUGUGUAUAUAUAUAUUUAUUUAUUUCAUUUUAAUAAUAAGCAAAAUAACCAAUGAUCACUUUUCCUGAAUAAUUAAGUAGAAAGAAAGUAGAUUACCUGGCGAAGAGUUUGUCGAAAGCAUAAACUAGAUAAC